AUGGUCAAGCAGCAGCUGAAUCCCAGUCCUUCUAAUUUGAUGAUUGUCCUAGAUAUUCCGGCUCAUUCUUAUCAGCUGAGUUUCGAAUCAAUGGUGGACUGGACCAAAUUCUAUGCUGGAGCUCCUGAAAUUUUCGAAUACUGGAAAAGAGUCGUCGAAAAAUACGAUAUCAGGAAAUUCAUGAAAUUCAAGCACCAGUGCAUUGAAGCACGGUGGAACGAGGAGGCUUCCAAAUGGCACGUGAAAUUCGAGGUUGUUGGAACCGGAGAAGUUGUCGAAGACACUGGAGAUGUCUUCAUGACCGGCGUGGGUGCCUUGAACAAUUGGAAAUGGCCUGAUAUCAAAGGACUUCAUGACUUCAAAGGCAAAAUUCUUCACAGCGCCAACUGGGAUGAGAGCUAUGAUGCCACCGAUGAAAAGAUCGCUGUCAUUGGCGCUGGUAGUUCUGGUAUACAGAUUGUCCCAGCUUUACAGCCAAAGGUUAAAGCAAUGGAUCACUAUGUCCGAGGGAGAACUUGGAUCGCCGCUACUUUUGGCUUCGAGGUUGUCCAAGCCCGGAACGACGGCAAGGAUGGAAAUUUCGAGUAUACUCAGGAAGAGAUCGAAAUGUGGAGAAAGCAUCCCGAAGAAUAUAUCAAAUAUCGAAAAGCUCUGGAAGUGGGAAUGCAAGGAGGAUUUGCAGUGACUCACCGAGGCACGAAGGAGCAUGAGGACGCCUGGGUCGCAUUCGAUGCUGAUAUGAAGAGGAGACUAGAGAGGAAGCCGGAGAUCGCCGAGCACCUCAUACCUGAGUUUCCCCCACUUUGCAAGCGUUUAACACCCGGCCCUGGUUAUCUGGAAGCACUUGUGGCAGACAACGUGACAGUGAUUCCAACCAGGAUAUCACAUGUGGAUGCUACAGGUAUCACGACAACAGAUGGUGUGCACCGGGCCGUUGACACCAUCGUUUGUGCAACCGGGUUUGACACAUCGUUCCGGGGAGGAUUCCCAAUCUAUGGCCGUGGAGGAGUCAACAUUCGGGAUCGAUACAUGAAACGUCAAGAGACAUAUCUCAGUCUCGCGGUCGACGACUUCCCGAACUACUUUCAAUCACUUGGCCCUAAUGCUGGCUUGGGCAAUGGAAGUUUGCUCAUGGUCAUCGAAGCUGUCUCUGUUUAUGUCGGCCAGAUUCUUGAAAAGCUGUCGAAGGGCAACGUGAAGACCAUCGAGCCCAAGCGGAAAGCAGUCCAGAACUUUACCGACUACUGCGAUGCAUUCUUCAAAAGAACUGUUUUCUCGGCUGAAUGUGGUAGCUGGUACAAAUCCGCGCCCCCUAAUGCCACAGACGAAGAACGUAAACAAGGCCGAGUCACUGCACUGUGGCCAGGAAGCAGCAUUCAUGCUGUAAAGACGUUGGAAAAGGUUCGGUUCGAAGACUUCGAGAUGACCACAGUCGAUGACAACGAAUUCGGCUGGAUUGGAAAUGGGUGGUCAGCUGCUGAGCGUGCUAAUGAUGCGGAGGGCCUGAGCUGGUAUAUUAACCAAACAUCAUUCACACACCAACCUUUGGCAAAGGAGAAACCGCUUCAGGUGGAAGACCGGAAGGUUGUCAGCCAGGAGGAGGAUGGUGUCAAGAAGGGCGAGAUCGUGUCGGAAUACAAGAUCCCUGAAGGUGUGGCUGCGACUUAA